UCAGAAGAGAUCAUGAGAGAAGACCAGUAUUACGAGACCUUCAAGAAGCUUUUCCUGAUGCAAGGUGUGUUACAUAUCACCACAGGCUAAAAUUUCUCUGAAAUUUCAGAAAAGAAAUCACGAUUUUAGAGAUUUCAUUUUUGCUGCAACCCUCCAUUACUCUUACAGAUUUCAAAAUAUUAAAUUGAAUUUACGUGGGUCAUGCCUAGAAGAUUUCCAAAUUCAGAGAAUCUGGAGUGAUGUUGAGUCCUCAUUCCAUAUUCACUCAUAGAAUAUGAGGAUAAGGGCUAUUGAAUAUUAUCUUUGCGUCUUUGAUUGAGACUGAACGGCCUUCCUCGCCAUACACUCCCAAACCAAAUUGCUCCAAUCUCCUCUUUUUUUUUCCAAUCUUUCAGUUCACUCCUCCCAACUCUUUCCUGUGGGGACUCCCCACUGAGUUCUGAGAACGGGACAAGAUCUGCCCUCCUAUAAUUUGUGCUUUAGUUCCUUGGGUGACACUUCAAUUUGAGUGACCAAAAUGUCCAUGGCCUCACAAUCUAUCUUCCAUGGCAAAAUGUCAUUUUCCUUCAGUUUGUCAAAAUAAACAUGAGGAAGUAGAGCCGAAAGCAGUCCUAAUGGAUGUGACUUUCAAGUCAUUUUAAUAUUCCAAUAUCUUUAAAAAAAUGUUUGCUCAGUUCUUUAAUGGUGGGUGUUUGCGUGGGUGGGCUGUGAGGUUGUGAGGCUGUGAGAGAGGAGAAAGAUGGAGAGAGAAGAGCAAAAGAGAGGUCUUGAAUCCCCUCUAAUUCCAGUAUCUGAUGGAAAUGAAGUUGGGUUAGAUAAUGGUGUUUUGAGAUCAGAGAUUGUUGAGGAAGUGAAGAAGCAGUUGUAUUUAGCAGGGCCUUUGGUAUUAGUGAAUCUCUUACAGUUCUGUUUACAGAUGAUAUCAGUCAUGUUUGUUGGUCAUCUUGGGGAGUUAGCUCUCUCAGGUGCUUCCAUGGCCACUUCUUUUGCAUCAGUCACUGGUUUCAGCUUGUUGAGGGGAAUGGGAAGUGCAAUAGAGACCUUAUGCGGCCAGUCUUACGGAGCGAAACAGUACCAUCAGCUUGGCGUACAUAUGCAGAGGGCCAUGUUGGUUCUUAUGCUUGUUAGUAUUCCGCUCACUUUCAUCUGGGCUUACACUGGGGGAAUACUUGUAGCUCUGGGGCAAGAUCCAGAGAUAUCAGCAGAGGCAGGACUCUAUGCUCGUUACAUGAUCCCCAGUAUUUUCGCUUAUGGCCUCCUUCAGUGUCAAGUCAGAUUUCUGCAAUCACAAAAUGUUGUUGUCCCAAUGAUGAUAAGCUCUGGAAUUACUACUCUACUGCACAUCCUUGUUUGUUGGGUUCUAGUGUUCAAAUCUGGCCUUGGUAAUAAAGGUGCUGCUUUGGCAAAUGCCUUCUCUUACUGGAUCAAUGUGUUGCUGUUAGUAAUUUAUAUCAAGUUCUCUCCUGCCUGCAAGAGGACUUGGACUGGAUUUUCAAAGGAGGCACUGCAUGGUAUUCUCAAAUUUUUACGGCUUGCAAUUCCUUCAGCAGGAAUGAUGUGCUUAGAGAUCUGGUCAUUUGAGAUGGUUGUUCUCCUCUCUGGUCUUCUUCCUAAUCCAAGGCUAGAAACUUCAGUCUUGUCAAUCAGCCUUAACACAUGUGCAUUAUUCUAUAUGAUACCCCUGGGGCUUAGUGGAGCAACAAGCACAAGAGUUUCAAAUGAAUUGGGUGCUGGGUGUGCGAAAGCUGCACGCUUAGCCGUAUUUGUUUCCCUCCUCAUUGUCAUUACUGAAGGCAUUUCAGUGGGCUCUAUCAUGUUCUUGAUCCGUAGAUGGUGGGGUUACUGUUACAGCAGUGAAGAAGAAGUAGUGGACUAUGUAGCAACAAUUAUGCCACUGCUUGCUACAGCCUACUUAAUUGAUGGCCUCCAAUCUGUGCUUUCAGGAGCUGCUAGAGGAUGUGGUUGGCAAAAGAUUGGUGCUUUUGUCAAUUUGGGAGCUUAUUAUCUUGUGGGCUUUCCUUCAGCUAUUUUAUUUGCAUUCAUCUUUCAUGUUGGAGGAAAGGGACUCUGGUUCGGGAUCAUGUGCGGACUAUUUGUGCAGAUGUUAUUGCUUCUAAUCAUAACUUUACGCACUAAUUGGGAGCAAGAAGCAAAAAAGGCUGCAGAAAGAGUCUACAGCUCCAUCAUCCCUACAAUUACAGUAUGAUGAAGCUAACUUAAGAAAAUUUAUGGCAAAGAUAGUCAAGAUUGGAUUCAUGGUACAGUUUUGAUGACCAAGAUGGUACCAGAUUAAAUGCAACUCCAGGAUUCUAGUGUAUAUAUCUACUGAAGUACUCAGAUUUUCUGCUAUUGUAUUUUUCCAUAAUAUUUCUGUCUUAUCAUUUUCCAUAACUUUUAAAUUGGGAAUUAGUGAUUUGCAUUCUUCUUUCUCA